AUGACCCCACAUAAGGUUGAUUUACCACCACCCGCGCGAAGACUUGUACUCUUUGUUGGUGACGGUUUAAGAGCGGAUAAAUUAUAUCAAUUAUAUCAAGAUGAGAACAACAGUAGUCUAUAUACAAGAGCUCCUUUUUUAAGAGAUAUGGUGCUUAAUCAUGGAACAUGGGGGGUUUCUCAUACGAGGGUACCUACAGAAUCAAGACCGGGUCAUGUUGCAAUAAUUGCAGGAUUUUAUGAAGAUGUUAGUGCCGUUACGAAAGGUUGGAAAAUGAAUCCUGUAGAGUUUGAUUCUGUAUUUAAUCAAAGUAGACAUACAUGGUCAUUUGGUUCACCAGAUAUAUUGCCUAUGUUUGCUGAGGGUGCCUCAGAUCCAGAAAGAGUUGACACUUUUAUGUAUGGACAUGAAAGCGAAAACUUUGCCGAAGAUGCUGCUGAAUUGGAUACGUGGACAUUCAAUAAAUUCGCCCAACUUAUUUCAAAUUCAUCAUCUGAUCUCAAACUUUAUCAACAACUACAUGAUGAUAAAAUUGUUAUAUUUUUGCAUUUGCUUGGAUUGGAUACAAAUGGGCAUGCUUAUGGUCCUCAUUCUAAAGAAUAUUUAGAUAAUAUUAAAGUUGUUGAUGAUGGAAUUUACAAAACUAUACAAUUACUUGAUGAAUUUUACGGAAACGAUAUGAAAACUGCUUAUAUUUUUACUUCUGAUCAUGGAAUGAGCAAUAGAGGUAACCACGGUGAUGGACAUCCGGAUAAUACACGUACUCCAAUAGUGGCCUGGGGUGCGGGUAUAAAUAAACCCAACAAGGAUCAUCCGACUGGUCAUGAUGAAUUUUCAAUGGAUUGGCAACUUAAUAGUGUUCAACGUAAUGAUAUACUUCAAGCUGAUAUUGCCCCUUUAAUGGCUUCUUUAAUAGGGAUCAAUUAUCCUGUAAAUUCUGUUGGUGAAUUACCUUUGAAAUAUCUUAAUAACACUCCAUUGUUCAAAGUUCAAAGUGUUUUUGUAAAUGCUAAAGAAAUUUUGGAGCAAUACCAAGUUAAAUACGAAUCAAAAAAACGUACAAAGCUAAUGUUCAAAUCAUUUGCUCCUCUGAGCAAUUCUACACAUUCUCCUGAUGUUUUUAUAAACGAUAUUCAGCGCCUUAUAGACACCGAAAAAUAUGCAGAAGCAGAAACUUUGUGUAGAAUAUUAAUUAGCCUGUGCUUGGAAGGAUUGAGAUAUUUCCAAACAUAUGAUUGGUUCAUGCUAAGGUCUAUAGUUACGGCUGGAUAUGUUGGAUGGAUUGUAUAUAGCUUGAAAUUUACGCUCAAAGAAUAUACGUUUAAUGACAGCACACAAUCCAUUAUCAACAUUAUUUCUGUAAUUUCCCUAGCGCUGCUAAUUUGCAUUCUUUAUGUUGAAGAAUCGCCUAUAACAUAUUACACCUAUGUAAUAUUUCCUAUAUAUUUUUGGAGAGAUGUCAUAAAAGAGCGCAAUAUAAUUUUAGAUUGCUGUAAAUCUGCAUUGGAUAAUCAGAGCAUCUUCACAUUAAUAAUAUACAUUAUUGGAUAUAUUAUAGGAUUAGAAAUUUUGGCAAGUCUUAUAUCCACCGUUUAUAUGGUUUAUAGCUAUUUUGAACGUAGUGUAUUAAGUGUUUGUUUUAUACUAGCAGCAUCAUAUCCAUGGUUUAUUUCAUCAAAAAUAUGGAAUGGGAAUUCGACAUGGUUUUUCGCAUGGACAAUUUCAUGCCUAUUUACUAGUAUUUUCACAUUGUUACCAGUAGAAAAAGGAGAGGACAUUACAUUAGUGGUUCUUGGUGGAUUAUUGAUCGUUAUUACAGGAUGUAUUGCUCUGUGGAAAAGUCCUAAAUUUACGAUUGGAUCACAUACCAGUGUAAGAAAUAUGAUUGGAUUUCAGGUUGGAUUGGUUGUAUUAAGCAUAAUAGUUGUAUAUGAUACUACCAAUAAACUAAAAGAUAAGGCUGGACUACCUUUCUUAAAUCAAAUUAUUGCGUGGAUAAUUUUAGUUAUUUCAACUGCAACUCCAUUUGUUUAUGGACUUGGAAAACAACAUUAUUUUCAACGUUUGACCACUAUAUCACUUUCAUUUGCUCCAUUAUUUGUAAUACUGAGGCAAACCCGCAAAUUAGAGAUUGAAGAUAUUCGAAUAGCUCUAGUAUUUUUGUUUUUCAUUAAUGUAGCAUUUUUUGGUACAGGAAAUAUUGCAAGUUUAAGUAGUUUUUCUUUACAAAGUGUAUACAGAUUAACCACCGUCUUUGAACCAUUUUUAAUGGUGGUUCAUGACAUAUCAGAGUUUCAGGAUGGAGAAGAACGUAUUUUAGUUUUAAAAGAUUCUUCUAUACUUGAAAAUGAAGAGGAAGGAGAUCAAUUGGUCUCAAUACAGAUAGAGGAGCAACAAAGACUCAAAAAGAACCUAGAAAACAAAAAAAAGAAACCAGUUUAUACUGGCUAUGACGACGAAGAAUUUAAUUUUGGAGGUGGUGUAACUAAAAAGAGCAUUUUGUCACAUUACGAUGAAGAAAUAGAGAAAGAUAAAAGAACUGGAUUUAUGCUAGACGGUGACGGCACAGUUAAAUUGAGUGAAGAUGAUUUACGAAACCAAGUGUCUGAAAAACUAAGGUCAAAUGCUGUUUCUCUAUCUUUUGACAAAAUGAAAGAGAUUCAGGAUUAUUACACCAAAGAAGAAGCAGAAAUCACUUUUAAGAAGCCUAAAGUCAAAAAGAAGAAAAAAGUCCGACAGAAGACUGUAGAUAAUGAUUCAUUGAUAACCGAAAAUCAAGUCAAUGAUCCUAACUCAAUGGAAAUAGAUUCAACAUCAUCUCUUACGACCACACAGAGUAGAAGGCGAGAAAAUCUGGAUGACGUGAGUUUUGUUGAUGAUGAUGAACUCCAACAAGCUCUAGCCAGAGCAAGAAAAAUGGCCGCCAAAAAAGUAGCGAAAGCUUCAGUGGAAGAAAUUGCAAGAACUUUGACACAAGAACGAGAAACGCAGGAGGAAGACGAUGAUGUGCCUGAUAGUGGAUUGGUGAUUUCAGACACAUCAGAAUUUGUUCGAUCUCUGUCAGUGGCUUCAACAGCAUCAAAAUUUAUAGAAAAAGCUACUGAAGAAGACGAAAAUGGUGGCUGGAAAGUAGCCGGCGUAGUUGAAGACCAGGACAUGGCCAGCAUUAAUGAGGAACCAAAACUGGUUGGCGUAGUCGAAGAAGAACCACUGGUCAGUAAUGGAAUGGCAGCAACAUUAGCUCUUUUACAGCAAAAAGGAUUCUCAAUCAAGCCAACUGAAGAACAGCUUGAAAAAGAGCGUAUUCAAAAAGAAAGACAAAAAUGGCUUGCUGAACAGCGUAGAAGAGAUCUUGAAAGGCAAAAUGAGAGAGAACGUGAAAAGCAAAGAGCCAAAGAAAAGGGCUACCGUGGAGGAGGGGGCGGUCGAGAUAAUGACAGUAGUUAUCGCGAUCGUGAGCAUCUUAGAGAAAUGGAAGCGAGAUUUAAAGAUUAUAAACCGGACAUUAAUUUGGAGUAUGUUGAUGAGUUUGGUAAUCAAUUAACACCUAAAGAGGCAUUCCGUCAAUUAUCUCAUAAAUUCCAUGGAAAGUCGUCUGGAAAAUCUAAAACUGAGAAACGUCUCAAGAAACUUGAAGAAGAACGCAAAUUAAAAGCGAUGAGCAGUGUUGACACACCGUUGAACAUGGCAACCGCUUUGCAAGAGAGACAAAAAGCUAGUGGAAGUGCACAUGUUGUUUUGUCUGUCGGUAAUAGAGCUGUUGUUCCAAAUAGCAUGAUGCCAAACAAUGAUACCAGAGCCUCUAAAUCAGUUCCUAGUGUUUUAUCAACCAAUGGUCCUAAUAUCAUUACGGUUAACGGCGGGUUAACAGGCCAAAGCAUGAAUGCACCAGAGAGAGAAAAGGUAACAUUCGGGCUAAAACGUAAAGCCGAAGCCGAGACUGAAAAACCAUCAAAAAAAUCCAAAGAUGAAUAG